AAAAUACAACAUCAUAACCUCUUUAUCGUGAUGUGUUGAUGAGACUGUUUGAUGUCGAUGUCAACUAAAAAUUGAGAAAAUGUCUCAACCGUGGGUGAAACGUUGUGAUAUAAAGUAUUGUAAAAAUAAUAAGUUCAGUCAAAGAGAUGCUCCAACCGUUCAUCCAACUCCGAGAUGUCCGCAAUUGUUUCAAAAAUGGGACCAGCAAGUCAGAUGCACUGGAACGCGUUUACCUCGAAAUGGUCGAUUAUGCGAAAAACACUUUGAUCCUGACGAUAUUAUGGAAUUCGGGUGUUCAAAAAAAGUUAAACAAGCUUCAAAUACGAUCGUCACUGAAAGUGUUAAAAUAAGGGUUCUUGUGAAUGGAGCCAUUCCGACAAGAUUCGAUGAUGAGAUAGCAGAAUAUUUAAGACAAAAAGAAUUGCAGGGUGAUACGGGUGAGAUUGAUGAGAGUCAGUUUAUUCCUGUUGAGGCGGAGGAAGUACCGGUCAACCCAAAACGGCCAAGAAGGCCCCCAAUUAAAGGUCUUCCCAUUAUUGCCAGUAAUAUUGUUCUACAAGCUCCACUGCAGAAAAAAGUGGAAGAAAAAAUCAAAUCAGCUGAAGAGCUGCUUUUUGCGAAAAUCUACACGGGACAAAUUGAGCCUCGACUUCCGAGUAGAUCCUGGAAUAUUCAUAAUUGCCAAUUACCUGAAAAAGGAUUUGUGUUUUCUGAAAUAGCGCCACUGUCCUCUGAUAAUUCUGUUCCACCCUUGUUCAGGAAAUCCGUAUUCUUUGACGGAAAUUUUAACAUGAGGGUAUAUUUGGUCGGUAAAUAUUUUCCCAAUGUAGAAUUUAAUAAACCAAAAACGAUCAGGGACGUGGAAGAACUCCUCAGUAAUAUAAAUGCGAUUAAACUUUGCGAGGGAGGUCCUCGUUUAGCGGAUAAGACUUUUAAAUUGGCUUAUAAGGAUGAACGAAUGUCGAGGUGGAGACAUAUAAAUUGCGAAUUGCGUUUGAAAAGGGGAAGCAUUUGCAAAUUUUGUUCAGAUCUUUGCCGACACCCAGCUGUUUUUAGCAAUCUUGAGGAAAAGGUAAAACCACAAGAGAUGCAAAAAAUAAAUCAGGAAGAAGAAAUUGAAGACAUGGAAAUUUAUGAAACCGAAUAUUUGGAUGAUUGAUUUUUUUCAUAUUUAUCUUUAUUGUAUAAUAAAUAUUUUUAAGUAGUGAUU